AUGGCUUUCUACAAAGUGAUGUGUUUGGCUGCUGGGCUGAUGCUCCUGACCCAAGAGUCUGAGUCACAGCUGAAUGUUUGUGGUAAGGCGCCUCUGAACACCAGGAUUGUAGGAGGACAGGUGGCUCCUGUUGGCAGCUGGCCCUGGCAGGUCAGUCUGCAAAGAUUUGGGUUCCACUUCUGUGGAGGAUCCCUCAUUAACAGUCAGUGGGUGCUGACUGUUGCUCACUGCUUUAAAACCUUUACUGCAACCGGUCUGACUGUGAAUCUGGGCCGUCAGAGUCUACAGGGAUCUAAUCCCAAUGCAGCGUCUCGGACAGUAACACAGAUCAUCAAACAUCCAAACUACAACUCUGGUACCAACAACAACGACAUCUGCCUCCUGAGGCUCUCCUCACCGGUGACUUUCAGCAGGUACAUUUCUCCGGUCUGCCUGGCAGCUUCAAACAGCACCUUCUACAGCGGUGUUAACAGCUGGGUCACCGGCUGGGGCAACAUUGGAGAAGGAGUGUCCCUUCCUUCUCCACAAAACCUGAUGGAGGUGGAGGUUCCUGUUGUGGGAAACAGGCAGUGUAACUGUGACUAUGGAGUGGGAACAAUCACUGACAACAUGAUCUGUGCCGGGUUACCUGAUGGAGGAAAGGACUCCUGUCAGGGGGAUUCAGGAGGUCCAAUGGUGAGCAAGCAGAAUGGUCGCUGGAUUCAGGCAGGAAUCGUCAGUUUUAGGAAUGGUUGUGCCAGGCCGAAUUUUCCAGGAGUCUACACCAGCGUAUCCCAGUACCAGGCCUGGAUCAACAGCCAGAUCUCCUCCAAACAGCCGGGCUUCAUGACAUUCACGUCCACUGGGACCAACAGUGAUCUCAGUGUUACCUGCACAGGACUGCUACCAGUGCCAACCACCACCACUAUCACCACCACCACACUUUCAACAACCACUAACCAUCCAACAGUUUGUGGUCAGGCGCCUCUGAACACCAAGAUUGUAGGAGGACAGGUGGCCCGCGAUGGCAGCUGGCCCUGGCAGGUCAGUCUGCAAAGAUCUCGGACCCACUUCUGUGGAGGAUCCCUCAUUAACAGUCAGUGGGUGCUGACUGCUGCUCACUGCUUUCCAACCACCAACCGGAGAGGACUGACUGUGAAUCUGGGACGUCAGAGUCUACAGGGAUCUAAUCCCAAUGCAGUGUCUCGAACUGUAACACAGAUCAUCAACCAUCCAAACUACAACUCUGAUACCUACGACAACGACAUCUGCCUCCUGCAGCUCUCCUCACCGGUGACUUUCAACAAGUACAUUUCUCCCGUCUGCCUGGCAGCUUCAGACAGCAUCUUCUACAGCGGUGUUAACAGCUGGGUCACCGGCUGGGGAAGUACUGAAGAAGGAGCGUCCCUUCCUUCACCCAACCUGAUGGAGGUGCAGGUUCCUGUUGUGGGAAACAGGAAGUGUAACUGUAACUAUGGAGUGGGAUCAAUCACUGACAACAUGAUCUGUGCCGGGUUACCUGAUGGAGGAAAGGACUCCUGUCAGGGAGAUUCAGGAGGUCCAAUGGUGAUCAAGCAGAACGGUCGCUGGAUUCAGGCGGGAGUCGUCAGUUUUGGGGAAGGUUGUGCCAGGCCAAAUCUUCCAGGAGUCUACGCCAGAGUAUCCAAGUACCAGACCUGGAUCAACAGCCGGAUCUCCUCCAACCAGCCGGGCUUCAUGACGUUCACGUCCACUGGGACCAACAGUGACCUCAGUGUCUCCUGCAGAGGACUGCCCGCGCCAACCACCACCCCUAAAACAACCACCACCCCUAAAACAACGACCACCCCUAAAACAACCACCACCCCUCCGGUGGUCUGUGGACAAGCACCGAGGAGUUCUCACAUUUUGGGGGGAACUUCAGUGGCGAUAGCCGGUUCAUGGCCAUGUAUGGCAGGCUUACAGAAAAAUGGAAGUCACGUGUGCGGUGGGACUCUGGUGGCCUUGGACUCUGUGCUGAGCAGCGCCGACUGUUUCUCAAGCUCCCCUGUAGCGUCUGAGUGGACUGUCGUGUUGGGUCGUCUGAAGCUAAAUAGAUCCAACCCCUUUGAGGUGACCCUGAAUGUGACAAAUAUCACUCUGAACAUCCUCAGCACCUCCUCCGACCUGCUAACACUGGGACCCUCCUGCACACCCAGCCCCCACCCCGUUCCCCAUGACACCACUCGACUCCAAAAUAUGGAGACUCAUCGUUUUAUUGAAACACCUUAA